AUGGUCACCAAACGUCACGUUGGCACAUGGAUGACUCAAUUUCUCCCCCCUUCCUGGUGCGGGUCGUUCCUCGUUGUUGGAUCCUGCGUCGACUCGACUGUGACUCUUCAGCAUAAGACUGGUGCUGGCUCAACAGGCUGUGUGUAUGGGGCAAAGCUGGAUGUCUACGGACAAAAUCCUCUGUCGUACGCCAUCAAGACUGUGGAGAAAGGUGGUUCCGAUGUGACGAACCGUAUUUCACGCUUGAACCAAGAAACCAAGGUCUAUCAGGUUCUCGGGCAAGAGACGAACAAGUUGACAUGGUGCCGCGCUGCUAUGGUUUAUAUGAAACAAAUGCAACUCUGGCGCUAG